AUAACGGUUUAAAUUAUAAUUAUUCCGGUGGGAGCGAUAAAGCUCUCGGGACAUUUGACCCGUUAUCUGCUCGGCGCGUAUCACUUCGCACUCGGACUCGGACCAGCGGAAAAGCAUUGUCAUUUGUUCGUCAGGGUCAUGUUCUUGUGGGUGAUGUUAGCGGCGUUGGCCGCGAGCGGGAGCACGUGCGAGCUGGGGCCUCCCGAGGGUGCAGGGCGAUCGGAACGCUCCCCGGGUGACAACCACUACCGCUUGCUCGUCAACGGAGAGGUAGAGCGAUACGCGCCGGGGCAGAGAUAUGUCGUGACACUGGUGGGUGCACGCACGCAUGAUGUGGUGCAGCAGUUCAGCCGCUUCCAGCUAGUGGCGGACCCUCUGGAUCCGGCGCAGCCGCGUUCGCCUCGCCGUCAGGGGCAGUUCCAACUGUUCGCCGAUACGCUCACUCAGUUCGACGAGGAAUGCACUAAUUCGGUGGUAGAAUCCGACGACCUGCCGAAAACCGAAGUCCAGGUCAUGUGGAAAGCGCCACCAGCGGGCUCCGGCUGCGUCCUUCUUAAAGCCAUGGUAUACGAGAACGCCAGUAAGUGGUUUGCCGAAGACGGACAAUUGACUAAACGAAUCUGUGAAGAUACAUCUCUGUCCGCGCCCGAUUGCUGCGCUUGCGACGACGCCAAAUACAAGAUUGUGUUCCAAGGGUUGUGGUCUCCGCAGACUCACCCCAAAGACUUUCCGGUGCAAGCGAUGUGGCUCACUCACUUCUCGGACAUAAUCGGGGCUUCGCAUCCCAAGAACUUCACCUUCUGGGGCGAGGGACAAAUCGCAACCGACGGCUUCAGGUCGCUGGCCGAGUGGGGCUCGGUGGGUCUUCUGGAGCGCGAGCUGCGACAGCGCGGCGCGGGAGGCGUCCUUCGCUCCUUGGUGCGGGCUCAGGGCCUGUGGUACCCGAGGGUCAACGCCAACACUUCGGCCACCUUCGACGUCGACCGGCGGCGGCAUUUGCUCUCUCUGGCCUCCAUGUUCGGGCCCUCUCCCGACUGGGUGGUCGGGGUGAACGGACUCGAUCUGUGCAACGCGGACUGCUCCUGGGCCGAGUCCGAGACGAUAGACCUGUACCCGUACGACGCCGGCACCGACAACGGCAUCUCUUAUAUGUCUGCGAACUCCGAGACUUCGCCCCGCGAGCGAAUGUACCGCAUCACAACGAUGUACCCGGAGGACCCUCGCGCGCCCUUCUACGACCCCUCCCAAAAAGAGAUGCGGCCUCUGGCGCGCCUCUACAUUACCCGGGAGAAGAUCGUCCAGCGAGGCUGCGACGAGGAGACGCUGCAGACCCUCGUCGCCGAGGAGGCCGAGAAUACGCAGUCAGCCGACAGACCGGAGUGUGCGGUGACAGAAUGGACCGCGUGGUCGCCGUGCUCGGUGACGUGCGGCAAGGGCCUGCGCAUGCGCACGCGCGAGUACCGGCUUCCGCAGAAGGCUCAGAUGCUACAGUGUGACCGGCAACUCGUCUCCAAAGAGAUGUGCGUCGCGGCCGUGCCGGAGUGCGAGGGCGAGGUCGAAGAGGUGGAGGAAGGCGAGUUCGCGGGGGCCCCGCAGGAGCGGUCCCCCGAGUGCCUGACGUCGGAGUGGGGCGAGUGGAGCGAGUGCUCCGUGACGUGCGGCAUCGGGCAGUCCACGCGCAGGAGGCACUUCCUGGAUCGGCUGGGGCCCAAGAAGUGCCCGCUCGUGCAAGUCGAGGAGAGUCGCAAGUGCAUGGAGCCGGCGUGUUCGGAGGCCGACGCCGCGGGAGUGACGGACCCGCUCUGCCCCACCACGGACUGGUCGGCCUGGUCACCCUGCAGCGCUUCCUGCGGCCGAGGGGUAAAGUUCCACACCCGUCUUCUGCUGGUGCCCGCCGAUCGACAACAGGAGUGCUCCGCGCGCGUCGAGCUCAUGCAGCAGCGGGUCUGCCGCGAGAGGGAAUCCUGCGACGUCGACAUGCUGACCGCCAAACGCAUCUGCAUGGAGGCGGAGGAGCGAGGGCCGUGCCGCGGCGUAUACCAGCGAUGGGCCUUCGCAGCGGACAAAGGCGCGUGCGUGCCCUUCACGUACGGCGGAUGUCGCGGAAACCAGAACAACUUCAUCUCGCAGGAUGACUGCCUCGAGACCUGUGGCUUCAUACUAGGUGCCAGUGCUACUCAGGCGUCGAGCGGCGCCACCCCCGGACUCAACGGCACCUCCGUCGCGCCCGGAUCUCCCACCGGGGCUACCCCGAAUGGCGACUGCCGAGUCGGCGAGUGGAGUGAGUGGAGCCGCUGCAGCGUCACGUGCGGAGUCGGAUACCAGGAGCGCACGCGGCACGUGUUGUCCGUUCCGGGACCGGGAGGAGCACCUUGUCCGACGAGACUUACGCGAAGAAGACGGUGCCACAGAUCUUGUUAGAGAUCUCUGAUAUAUCGUUUGCUAAUUGAGUUGGCACUUUGUAACCGAGUACUGAAAUACAAACGCAUAAGCUUAGUAACAUUAAAUUAGGAGAAAAUAUCGAAUAAAAGAUUUUGAAUUA